CGAUUAGUCGACCACCCAAACCUGAUGUCUCUCCCUCUCCAACACAUCGGCAACCAACCACCCUCAACCUCUCCUCUCUGCUCCGCUCCGCUCCGUCCUCCCGUUGAUUCGCUCGCCGCGCCGCGCCCCGCCCGCGCGCUGAGAUCCGAACGGCCGCCCUUCCCCCCCGCCGAGAUCGAUCUCCACCCCCCCACGACCGCUAAGACGGCGCCGACGAGGCGGGAGCCAUGGAGGCGUCUUCUUGGGACGCCCUUCGCAAGCAGGCAAGGAGGUUGGAAGCUCAGUUAGAUGAUCAAAUGAUUGCAUACCGUAAAUUGGUGUCUAUGAAAUCAGAUGGUUCAGAGAAUGAUAUCGAGUCUGAUAUAGAAAGAUCACUGAAGCAGCUUCAGCAAGUAAAUUCUCAAAUGCAAACUUGGGUAUCAUCAGGAGGCUCUGAAGUUCUUUCUCACACAUUGACCCGUCAUAUGGAGAUUUUGCAAGAUCUUACUCAGGAAUUCUAUCGGCUUCGAUCAAGCCUCAGAGUGAAGCAACAACAUGCUUCGCUCCUUGACCUAAGAGAUUUUGACAGAGCAAAGUUUGAUGUUGAGAGUGGAGACUCAGCCGAUCAAGCUCUUCUUAGAGAACAAGCUGCAAUCAGUAGGAGUUCUGGACAGAUGGAUAAUGUGAUAUCACAUGCUCAAGCAACGCUAGGAACUCUCAUGUCACAACGAUCAACAUUUGGUGGCAUCACUACAAAGAUAAGCAAUGUUAGUAGCCGGCUUCCUACGAUCAAUCAUAUCCUCGCGUCAAUUAGAAGAAAGAAGUCGAUGGACACAAUCAUUCUUUCACUUGUCGCGUCUGUCUGCGCCUUUCUUAUUCUCGUCUACUGGUUGUCAAAGUAGGGGCUGUCAACUUGUCAUAGCAAAGGCAUUAGGGUGUUGUAAGUUUGGAUCACACUGUCAGUGCAGAUAAUCGAGAUUGGUGUUUGUACAAUAUUGAUUCAAUGUUAUCCUGUUUUGAUGGUUCUUCAGGCAUUGUGCCUCUCACUGCACAGCCGCAUGACUUCUAGUAUCGACUGGACCCAUAUACUACAUGUACUUGUACAUGAAUACGUGUGAUUUCCUGAAUGAAGAUUAGUUUGGCAUUU